AUGAUGCUCGGUUCGGACCUAAGAGAUUCGGAGGUGUGUUUUACACUCAUCCUGGUGUCUUUGUUUGGGGAGCUGGUUUCCGGGCAGAUUCUCUACACUGUGUCGGAGGAGGUAAAGACGGGCACGUCGGUUGGAAAUAUAGCCAAAGAUAUCGGUCUUGGCGCCUCGGAGCUGGGCGCUCGUGGGUUUCGGAUUGCGUCGGGGUCGAAGAAGCAGUAUUUCGGGGUUAACUUGGACACUGGGAUUCUGUUUGUGAAGGAGCGGGUUGACAGAGAGGAGCUGUGUCCGGGCGCGGCCUCCUGCGCAGUGAAUGUGGAGGCCAUCGUGAGCGACCCGCUGCAGCUGUACCGGGUGCAGAUCAAUGUGCUGGACAUUAAUGAUAAUUCGCCCGUGUUUCCUGUCUCCUCCGUACAGCUUAACAUUUCUGAACUUACAGUGCCUGGUACUCGAUUCCCGUUGGAGAGUGCAUAUGACCCGGAUGUAGGCGUAAACUCAGUUAAAACGUACAAAUUAAAGGCAAACGAUUUUUUCGCUUUGGACGUGCAAACACACAGCGAAAGGUCCGUGCCUGUAGAGCUGGUGCUGCAGAAGACUCUAGAUAGAGAGAAAACUCCCCUCCUGCAUCUGCAGGUCGUCGCUGUGGAUGGAGGCUCCCCCCCCAGAUCAGAAACCUUAAUGAUUGACGUUCAUGUUUUAGAUGCCAAUGACAACGCUCCGGUUUUUAACAGGUCGGUCUAUAAAGUAUCCAUACCCGAAAAUACGCCGGCUGGGACAGUUAUUACACGCCUGCUAGCGACAGACCUGGAUGAAGGCUUCAAUGGUGAGGUGUCUUACUCAUUCAGUAGCCGUAUUCCCCACAAUAUUCUAGAUACGUUUGAAAUAGACGCCGAAACGGGGGACGUAAAAGUGAAAGGAGAUGUUGAUUUUGAGGAUUAUGCUGCUUUUGAAAUCCGAGUCCAAGUAACUGACAAGGGGCAUAUGCCGAUGACUGGACAUUGUAAACUGUUAGUGGAAGUCCUGGACGUCAACGACAAUCCACCCGCGGUCACCGUGACGUCACUUCUGAGCCCGGUUGCGGAGAGCGCAAGUAGAGGCACCGUGAUCGCGCUGAUGACCGUGUCGGAUGAGGACGGGGGCAAAAACGGCGUGGUACACUGUCAGCUCGCAGGGUCAAGUCCCUUCAAGCUUCAGUCCUCCUUCCAGAACUAUUACUCUUUAAUCUUAGACGGGACACUCGAUCGAGAGAGAGAUUCAGAGUACAACGUGACAGUUAUAGCAAAGGACGAAGGAAACCCUCCGCUAUCCAGCAGCCAUGUCAUUACAGUGCAGGUUUCUGACGUGAACGACAAUGCGCCGCAGUUCGCAAAUCCCGCCGCGCAGGUCUAUUUAAAGGAAAACAGUGCAGUUGGUUCCGUUAUAUACACAGUGUCAGCCUUUGACCCCGACUUAAAGGAAAACGCUCAAGUAACUUACUCUUUGCCCCAGAAUACAUUCAAUGGUGUCCCUGUGUCUUCUCUUUUAAAUGUGAACUCUUUAACCGGUGAAAUCUACAGCCUGCAGUCUUUUAACUACGAGGAAGUAAAAACGCUGCAGUUUCAAGUUCAGGCCACAGACUCUGGUGUCCCUCCACUGAGCAGCAACGCGACUGUGAACGUUUUCAUCCUGGAUGAGAAUGACAACAGUCCUGGGGUUCUCCCGCCCUAUUCUGACCAGGGCUCGGUUAAUGCUGAGAACAUUCCGUAUUCUGCUGAAGCGGGCUACUUUGUGGCCAAGAUCAGGGCUGUAGACGCAGACUCUGGCUACAACGCGCUGCUUUCUUAUCACAUGGCCGAACCCAAGGGAAGCAGUCUCUUCCGAAUCGGCAGCAGCAGCGGGGAAAUCAGGACUAAGAGGCGGAUGAGUGACAAUGACUUGAAGACGCACCCGUUGGUUAUUGUGGUUUCUGACCACGGAGAACCUUCGCUGUCGGCGACUGUGUCUAUUGAUGUUGUGGUUGUUGAAAGUACCGGUGAAAUCCAGACAUCGUUCCGACAGCUGCCGGUGAAGGAGGAGAGUUUCUCCGAUUUGAACCUGUAUUUGCUGAUCGGCAUUAUUUCGGUGUCAGUUAUAUUUUUACUGAGCCUGAUUAGUUUAGUAGCUGUAAAAUGCCACAGGACAGACGGCGGUUUGAGUAUACACAGCGCCCCAGUGAUCACCACACACCCUGACGGGAGCUGGUCUUACGCUAAAUCUACUCAGCAGUAUGACGUGUGUUUUAGCUCAGACACACUGAAGAGUGACGUUGUGGUUUUCCCCGCGCCGUUUCCGCCUGCGGAUGCGGAACUGAUCAGUAUUAAUGGAGGGGACACUUUUAAACGGAACCACACGCUUCCCAACAGCGAGAAGGUAAGAAUCAGCUUUUCAUCUCUUUAUCUGCAAAACCUGAACGCUUAUACACACCUGUUUCACCUGGGAGUAGAGAGCGCUUCUCAGUACAACGUCACCAUCACAGCUACAGAUGAAGGGACUCCGCCUCUCUCCAGCACCAGCGUUAUUACUGUACACGUUUCUGAUGUGAACGACAACGCGCCGCGCUUUGCAGAGCCCGUGAUUAAUGUGUAUGUGAAAGAAAACGGCCAGGUGGGCUCUGUGAUUCACACCGUAUCUGCCUUUGAUCCGGAUUUAGACGACAACGCCAAAGUGACUUAUUCUUUACUGGGGAGUUCUGGCAAAGGCGCGCCCCCGUCAUCAGCCGUCAACGUGAACUCUGUGAGUGGAGAAAUCUACAGCCUGCAGUCUUUUAACUACGAGGAAGUAAAAACGCUGCAGUUUCAAGUUCAGGCCACAGACUCUGGUGUCCCUCCACUGAGCAGCAACGCGACUGUGAACGUUUUCAUCCUGGAUGAGAAUGACAACAGUCCUGGGGUUCUCCCUCCCUAUUCUGACCAGGGCUCGGUUAAUGCUGAGAACAUUCCGUAUUCUGCUGAAGCGGGCUACUUUGUGGCCAAGAUCAGGGCUGUAGACGCAGACUCUGGCUACAACGCGCUGCUUUCUUAUCACAUGGCCGAACCCAAGGGAAGCAGUCUCUUCCGAAUCGGAAGCAGCAGCGGGGAAAUCAGGACUAAGAGGCGGAUGAGUGACAAUGACUUGAAGACGCACCCGUUGGUUAUUGUGGUUUCUGACCACGGAGAACCUUCGCUGUCGGCGACUGUGUCUAUUGAUGUUGUGGUUGUUGAAAUCAGGAUGAGCGCUAUAAUGGCUUUUUGGGAACAGACAGGACUUGUGUGGAUACAGUUUAUCGCCCUGUUUUAUCUUUUAAGAUGGUCUUCCGCACAGACUGUUUAUUCCGUAUCGGAGGAGGUGGACAAAGGAACGUUUGUGGGAAAUAUCGCCAAGGAUCUAAAUCUGAACGUGCAAGACCUGGAGUCGCGUGGGCUUCGGAUUGUAACCGGCUCUAAUAAGAGAUAUUUCGAGGUAAAUCUGAAAACAGGAAUUCUGUAUGUUAAUGAGAGAAUAGACAGAGAGGCGCUGUGUCCCAAUCUGGCAAAGUGCUCUUUAAACAUAGAGGCCAUAUUGAAUCACCCAAUGCAACUUUAUCGUGUUGAAAUUAAUAUUUUAGAUAUCAAUGAUAAUGCGCCGUUAUUCCUGGAUAGAUCACGAAUUUUGCAUAUUCCAGAAUCAUCGGCUCCCGGAGAAAGGUUUCCUCUGCCUAUAGCUAAUGACCCCGAUGUUGGCAGUAAUUCGGUAAAGAGCUACAAGCUGAGUCCGAAUGAGCACUUCUCCCUGGAUGUACAGAGCGGUGGAGAGCAGAGUGUAUCUGCUGAGUUGGUGCUGCAGAAAGCUUUAGACCGAGAGAAACAGCCUGUGAUUCAGCUCCUGCUGACUGCUGUUGACGGAGGAAAACCUCCCAGAUCCGGGACUUUGCAGAUCACUGUUAGUAUAAUAGAUGUGAACGACAAUGCCCCCAUAUUUAGCAGCUCAUUGUAUAAAGUUCGUGUGUCUGAGAAUGUUCCUUUUGGAACAACAAUACUCACCCUCAAUGCCACAGACUUAGACGAAGGAGUAAACGGCGAGAUUUUAUAUUCUAUAGUGGAACGAGGGGGUCUGGAUCCUGUUGAUGUUUUUGAUAUUGAUCCGAUAACAGGAGAAAUUACACUGAAGGGGAGUUUAGAUUACGAAGAAAGCGCAGCAUAUGAAAUCCGCGCGCAGGCGACCGACCGAGGGCAUUCUCCACGCAGUACUCACUGCAAAGUGUUAGUCGAAGUUGUUGAUGUGAACGACAAUGCGCCAGAGAUCUCUGUAACGUCGCUAAUGAGCCCGGUUAAGGAAGACGCUCAAACUGGUACAGUGGUGGCUUUGAUAACAGUAUCAGAUAAAGACGGCGGUAAAAAUGGAUUUGUGAAAUGUAAUCUCGCUGGUUUUGCUCCUUUCAAACUGCAGUCCUCCUAUAAGAACUAUUACUCUUUAGUGGUUGACGGGCCGCUGGACAGAGAGCGCGCUUCUCAGUACAACGUCACCAUCACAGCUACAGAUGAAGGGACUCCGCCUCUCUCCAGCACCAGCGUUAUUACUGUACACGUUUCUGAUGUGAACGACAACGCGCCGCGCUUUGCAGAGCCCGUGAUUAAUGUGUAUGUGAAAGAAAACGGCCAGGUGGGCUCUGUGAUUCACACCGUAUCUGCCUUUGACCCGGAUUUAAACGACAACGCCAAAGUGACUUAUUCUUUACUGGGGAGUUCUGACAAAGGUGCGCCCCCGUCAUCAGCCGUCAACGUGAACUCUGUGAGUGGAGAAAUCUACAGCCUGCAGUCUUUUAACUACGAGGAAGUAAAAACGCUGCAGUUUCAGGUUCAGGCCACAGACUCUGGUGCCCCCCCACUGAGCAGCAACGCGACUGUGAACGUUUUCAUCCUGGAUGAGAAUGACAACAGUCCUGGGGUUCUCCCGCCCUAUUCUGACCAGGGCUCGGUUAAUGCUGAGAACAUUCCGUAUUCUGCUGAAGCGGGCUACUUUGUGGCCAAGAUCAGGGCUGUAGACGCAGACUCUGGCUACAACGCGCUGCUUUCUUAUCACAUGGCCGAACCCAAGGGAAGCAGUCUCUUCCGAAUCGGAAGCAGCAGCGGGGAAAUCAGGACUAAGAGGCGGAUGAGUGACAAUGACUUGAAGACGCACCCGUUGGUUAUUGUGGUUUCUGACCACGGAGAACCUUCGCUGUCGGCGACUGUGUCUAUUGAUGUUGUGGUUGUUGAAAGUACCGGUGAAAUCCAGACAUCGUUCCGACAGCUGCCGGUGAAGGAGGAGAGUUUCUCCGAUUUGAACCUGUAUUUGCUGAUCGGCAUUAUUUCGGUGACAGUUAUAUUUUUACUGAGCCUGAUUAGUUUAGUAGCUGUAAAAUGCCACAGGACAGACGGCGGUUUGAGUAUACACAGCGCCCCAGUGAUCACCACACACCCUGACGGGAGCUGGUCUUACGCUAAAUCUACUCAGCAGUAUGACGUGUGUUUUAGCUCAGACACACUGAAGAGUGACGUUGUGGUUUUCCCCGCGCCGUUUCCGCCUGCGGAUGCGGAACUGAUCAGUAUUAAUGGAGGGGACACUUUUAAACGGAACCACACGCUUCCCAACAGCGAGAAGGUAAGAAUCAGCUUUUCAUCUCUUUAUCUGCAAAACCUGAACGCUUAUACACACCUGUUUCACCUGGGAGUGUCAGUUAAAAUACGCUAUUUGUAA